GUUGACCCGCAAUUUAAGAGAAGAAAAAUCGAGAAAUGACGAUCAUACGCCACCUCCCAUUACUCCUCCUGCUAGGCCUAUUUUUCUCUGCUACAGCUUGUGGAGAGUCCUCCAUAGAAAUUGAUGGAGGGCCACCAAACAGAAGACUUUGUGUAUACACUCUGUAUAUAAAAACAGGCGGGCAAUGUGUAGCUCCGACAACCUCUACUAUCUCCGUGACUUUGGAGAAUGCACGCGGUGCUUCCGUGCAUGUCGCAGACAUCAAAUCAUGGGGCUUGAUGGGUCCCAAGCACACAUACUUCCGACGCAAUAGUGUAGAUAUCUUCGUUGGUGUACACCCCUGCAUAGCGCCGCCCAUCUGCCGAAUCAAGGUGACAUCUACUGGUUCAGGGUGUUCCCCUGACUGGUACCUCAGCUACGUGGACGUCACUUCCACCGGACUCAAUGAGAAAUGUUACAAAACUCACUUUCGCGUGAAUCAGUGGCUUUCCAGAAUCUUUCCGCCCUGCAAGCUCUCCGCCGUCGUUGAUAGGUGCCCGUGUUUAGACGGCACAGCAAGAAGCGACGGGACUUUUGAGGUUGAAAAUUCUGAGCAAUUGGUUGCUUGA